UGGUAUAGAGAGGAGUGGGUGACGUUCUUACUUGUUACUCAUCAUCAGGAGAGGAAGAAUGGUGGAGUUCACUCUGACAAAACUGUUUGACGAGGUCCUGAAAGGGCACUGGGAUAACGUUGUCGACAUAUACGAGCACAUCAAAGGAGCUGCCCAACUCAAGAUCAAUAGUUCUGGGGACACAGCAUUGCACAAAGCCGUCUCAGAUGGCCGUGAACAUAUAGUUGAACAACUUGUUAAAGCGCUGCGUGCCGAGGUCAAGGAUGCUCUAGAACUUACGAAUAACCAUGGCAACACUCCUCUCCAUUUAGCUGCGGCCAUGGGAAAUAUUCCUAUGUGCAAAUGCAUGACUGGAGAGCAUAUAGAUCUGCUGGACCAGCGCAAUAAUAAUGGGCAUACACCCCUCUUCUUGACCGUUCUCCAUGGCAAACUGGACGCUUUCAUUUUCCUCUGUGAAAUCUGCAAACCAAAUGGCAUCGAGAGGUACUAUCGAGGAGGAAAGUUUGGUGCAACGAUUCUCCACACCGCCGUUAAUGGAGAGCACUUUAAAUUGGCAUUUCAUAUAAUGAACAAUCAUAAAGAGCUAAUGAACUGGAUGGACGAAAGAGGAUCGACCCCUCUCCAUCUUCUGGCCGAUAAGCCUUCAGUAUUCAGAAGUGGUGCUUACUUCGGCUGGCGGGAAAAUAUUAUUUAUUCUUGUAUAACCGUCAAAGAGCUGCCAGAUCUCAUUCUUCCAGACGAGAUCAACAACCAAACAGGUCAACAAUCAAGGAACACCGAAUUUCCAAGCGAUCGAUGGUUUCCACCAACUUAUAGAAAAUGCUGCUACUUCUUGAAUCUCAUAUAUAGUGUUCUAUUGGUUAUCUUUGGAUGGGGCAAGCUGGUUUCUAAUUCUAGAGCUAAUGGAGAAAAUGCAAAAAACUCUGGUCAAGUGGGGGAUGCCGAGAACCCCAAAGAACUUGAAGAUGAGAGUUUAUGCAUCCCAUGCUUUCGGUUUUCUGGAGGUAAUGGAGACAAUGCAAAAAGACAUGGCCAGACGGGAUUGGCGGGGAACGCAAAAGAACUGCCUAAAGGUGAAGAUCAACUAAAGUUCCCACCAAAUUAUCGCACAGGCAUCGAGCUGAUGAAGCUUGUAUUUAAACUAAUGCUGAUUAUCCUUGGAUUGGGAUACGAAGAAAUACAGAAGAUUAAGCACAUGAAAGAGAAGCACGUAUGGUCUGUUCAGAUCCUCAAAAAAAUGCUUGAAAGUACUAGAAUUUAUGGGUAUGAUGCUGGUGGAAGGUCCGGACCAUCAACAUCAACAUCCGGUGAAGGGCAUGCUUUAAUGGAAAAUUUCACAGAAUUUCCACCAGUAGAAACUAACGGAAAGGCCAAAGAUGCCGAUGAUAAACACGAGCCGGGACUGGAUAGAAGUGAGACACCAAUACUAACCGCAGCAAGAACUGGUAUCAAAGAAAUUGUGGAGCUCAUCCUCAAGCAUUUUCCAGUUGCCAUUCAUGACAUGAACUCACAGAAGAAGAACAUAGUGCUGUUGGCAGCGGAGAAUAGACAACCCCAUUUGAUUGAUCUCUUAAUACAGAAAAAUUCCAGUGAAAGUGUAUUUCACACGGUGGAUAUUAAAGGAAACAGUGCGUUGCACCUUGCUGCAAAUUACGAUCCGUCUCUGAAUCCUUGGACUCUUCCAGGUGCUGCAUUGCAAAUGCAAUGGGAAAUAAAGUGGUAUGAGUAUGUCAAAAGUUCCGUGGGACCAGACUUCCUCAUGUUGUACAAUAACGAUGGAAAGACCGCAAAGGAGAUCUUCACAACCACACAUAAAGACCUCGUAAAAGAAGGUGGAAAAUGGCUACUUAAGACCUCGGAUUCAUGCUCGGUUGUAGCAGCGCUUAUUGCAACCGUCGCCUUCGCAACCUCAGCCACUAUUCCAGGAAGCACCGAACAAGGGAAACCAGUUCUUGGAAAGGAACUAGCAUUCCAAGUGUUUGCAAUUUCAUCAUUAGUUUCUCUUUGCUUCUCGGUCACUUCCUUGGUAAUGUUUCUAGCAAUUCUCACAUCUAGAUACCAAGAGAAUGAAUUUAGGAUAACCUUGCAUACGAGGCUUCUGUGGGGUUUAUCGUUUCUGCUGAUUUCCAUAGCAGCCGGAUUGGUCUCUUUUUGCGCAGGCCACUUCUUCAUUCUGAAUGAUCACUUGAAAUCUGUGGCAGUUCCAAUAUAUGCAGUCACCUGCAUCCCAGCAACACUUUUUGCCCUGGCCCACUUGCCUUUAUACUUUGAUCUCCUACGUGCCAUUUUUACCAAAGUCCCACUGGUUUUGUAUAACGGAAGGUUUGCUACGGACACAACUUAAAAUUGAUUAAAGAUGUUUCUAAAAGUUAGAAAUUUAUUCAGUUUUUAAAA